AUGCACUUUGACGUCAAUGAGCCUACCGAGUCGACCCCGCUCAGGGAAUCAAUCGAGAAUGAGAAGUGGGAUGUUGCGCAGUACCUUCUCCAAGCCGGAGCGAAUCCAAUGCUCGAUGAGUCUGAACAGACCAAGCCUCUGCUGCUUAAAGCUGGGCGCGCAUCUUGCUUCGAUUUAAGUGUUGUAUUAUCUUUACUAGAAAGGAUCGGAACGCCAAAACUUGAGGCCUCCCCCUACUGGAGAGAUAUGGCACUACAUGGGAAAGACAUGAUACCACUCAUCAUGGAAAAGCUCGACCUGUCUGCAGCCGUCAAAGAAUAUGACGCAUAUCUCUGUCUACUGGUUCUCGCUACUGCCGCUGGAAAUGAGGGAGUGCUGCGCCAUAUAUUGUACACCAAUUCGCUUGUCCUAUCUAAGGACGCGUUUACUCGGCAUUUGGCACUUGAUGAACUUUUUGAUAACGCCCCUAGCCCAUGGCUUCCGCUACACUGGGCAGUGAAGAAUGAACAUAUCGGAUGUAUCGAUAUUUUGCUUGACCUUUACUCUUCACCUUUAUCGCCUGAGCAGUAA